AUGUUUUGCUUUACUACUACAAUCACAUUGGCUAUUCUCUGCCUAGCCAAACCAUCACUUUCGAGACCUGUCCCUAGAAAUGAGAAAGGAGAACUUAUUGACAUCAAUAUUCAGCUCAUACCGGGACUAGACAUAGGAGUUAAUGUUGGUUGUGGUGAUAGUAUUGUGGAUGUGAACCUCAACUCCUUGCGCCUGCCCUUCAUUACUUGUGCCAACACCCAAAAAUCAAUUUCAACAACGGGUGUGAAGUUGCCAUUGAUGGGCAGAAAUAUGAAUAGCAAACCCGUGGACUUGCCAACUUUGCCAAAUCCUACUGGGCGUGUAAAGGCCAUAGAUUCGUCCAUCCGAAGUUUGCCCAGUACCUCAGUGUCAACAUCAAUUAGCAAGUCAAAGUUCAUCGGUCCUAUAGCAGCUAUAGAUUCUUUAAUGUUUAAGUCUUCAAGCGUCAGCACAUCUGCCUCUAUCAAUAUCAACUCAAGACGGCUCCACACACAUCAUCGUACAUUGGCAGCCAAUCCCCCACCUACCAUAUUCAUAAAACCUGUUCCUACCUCGACGAAUCCACCCAAGAUGAAACAUACUCAUCACCGGCCAAAGAAGACUUCCAAGGCCAUACAGUAUACAUCUGUGCAUCCUCAUCCCUCACCAGCUCAGACCUUAAUCAAGAGAUUUGAAACAACAACGAACUCAUUGACAAUCGACUCUCACACAACUACCCAAUAUUCACCUGGAUCUCACCUCCACAAACAAGACUUUCCAUAAUACCAAUUGACUCUAUAUCUGGUGGAAAGAUUACAUUGGCAACAAAGGCCUCAGGAUGCUCAUCGAUAAGGAGGGCCACUUGGCAUCCGCCCGCGGAGACUUUAUAUCCUCCUGUGGUUGAGCGUGAAGCAGCAAACAAUGGUUGGAAGAGAACAGUUAGGUGGCAUCCAUCGGCUGAGAAUAAGUUUUACGUCCUGGCGUUUUUGUCUAGCUUAUGCCAAGUGUGUCAUUUAUAUCGUGUAUAUUGUUUGUCGUGCCUGGUAGCUGCAGUCCCCAACUCUAGAUAGUCGAUUGUUAUCAUACAAAAGCUGUAGGUGACGGCCAGGAGCCGAUGUGGUGUCAAUAAAUAUAAACCAUUUCUUCCUCGCAAGUUUGCAUCACAAAUGUUUGUCGAAACAACUUUU